AUGGCGGAAAAUCACAAAUUAAUUAUCCCGAGCCCGGGGGCCGUCAUCGAGGCCACCGCGCUCACACCCGAGGCCUUUGCCCCGUUUGGGGACGUGGUGGAGAAUCCGAGACCAGAUGUUCACCCUUCCCGCGCAGAGAACGAGAAAUCUGUCCUCCCCUUCAACGCCGUCGUCGCCAAUCAAGGCUCGGCCGUCAAAUACCAACAUGUAUCGCGCCAAGUAAACCUCUACGGCCAGGCUCCGAGUGGCCGUCCGGCGUCGGCCAUCAUGAGCAUGUUUGUGUGUGCAGCCCGGGUCCGUCUGCCGGACCCACUUCGGACGGCAUCGCCAACAUCACGGACGACAACCACAACCACAACCACAAAACCAUCACCACCAACAUCAUCUUCAUCAUCCCUCCCCUCAAAGUUCCCCAUCACCGUCCUCGAACGUCACCCCUACACAACCCAAACCUUCAUCCCCCUCAGCCGCAGCCCUAGCACCCGCUACCUCGUCAUCGUAGCACCUACUCUACCCUCCAACCCAACACCACCAUACUCCUCCUCCUCAGCACCAAAAUCUGGCACGACAUCCCAUCUCCCCGUCCCAAGCCACCUGCCCACUUCCCUUCCCGAAGCAGCAAACUACCCGCGUCCUCUCCCGGGCAGUGGCCCCCCGGACCUGCAGCAGAUCCGCGCAUUCAUCGCGACAGGCGCACAGGCCGUGACGUAUGGUGCUGGGACGUGGCAUGCGCCUAUGGUGGCGCUGGGAGAAGGGGAGGAAGCGGUGGAUUUUGUGGUGGUGCAGUUUGCGAAUGGGGUUGGGGAGGAGGAUUGUCAGGAGGUGUUUUUUGAGGCGGGGGAGGGUGAUGGGGAGAUUGUGGUCUCCGUCUCGUUGGGAGUGGAGGAGAGCGGGAGGGUGGAAAAGGCGAAGCUGUGA